AUGGGGUCCUCUUGCCUCAUUAAGACAUGUCCCGUGAAGAAGACGCGCUUGGGAGCUUCAUUUCACCGUCUGCCUUGGAAACACCCUAGUCUCCGCGCCACACUGCAGGGAAUCUUCGGGGCUGCCAACGUACGAGAAGUUACAAGGUGGUCUCGAAUCUGCUCCCUCCACAUAGCUCAGUUGGCGCCCCACGCAGCCACGCACAAGGCUGUCAGAAGGCUCAUGGAGUAUUAUAUGUGGAAUGCAAGGAGUUAUAAGCGUAUUUUUGAGCUCUCCUCUCGUUUUGAGGGGGAGGCUGGGACCGUAGUGAAGGAUGUGAAUUGUGGAGGUAUUGGUAAUGUUAUCCUACAUGUGCUGUCGGAUGCAUUGCCUACCCACUCCUACACCCACGAACAUGAUCAGCACGCCCACACGCCCUCUGGUUACCCUACUGCUGCCCAGCUGGAAGGCGGACGCAGUAUGAUCCCGGAUGACUACGCGGCCGGAGCUAUGGACGCUGGCAGGGAUCCGGACGCGGGCUUGGAGGAGGCGGGAAAAUCAAAGAAAACGGAAGAUAUUAACGAUAACCAUACUAAAGUGAAGGAGGGGGAAGAUGAAGAGGAGGGGGACGAGGACAUCGCCUCUAUGACCAACGGGGAGGUGGUGGAGAGGGAAAAUGACGCUAGUGAAGAGAAGAUGGAGGAGGAGGAGGAGGAGAGUGAGGUGAAGGAGGUGGUGGAGGAGGAGGAGAUGAAGGAGGUGGAGGAGAAGGAAGGCAGUGAUGAAGAAAAGGAAUCGAGUGAAGAUGAUGAGGAUAAGUUAGUGAUUAGUGAAGGAAUUGAUAAGCCCAAUGAAGAUUCUAAUGAUGAUAACUCGAAAAUGGAAGAGCCACAAGGAGAUGCCCGUAGCAAGGCCGCCAGCCCCUCCAGCCUCCCAGAAUCCCCCAGGAGGAGUGAGAAGAGGCCAGCAGAGGGGGGCAGCGAGGGGGAGGGGGCGCUGGACUCCCCCAGUAAGCGUCCAAGGCCCCUGGAAGAGAUGGUGUGUCUCGAAGGCCUGACGUCGCUGCCCCAGGUGGAAAGCUCCCUGGCGCAGAUUAAGAGGGACUUGCAGGCGAUGGAGUUCUUAGUGAAACAGAAGGAGGAGGAAUGGAACACACUUUUACGCCUUCAGAAGAGGAAAGAGGAGCUGUUUGUCCGUCUAGCCCGCCGCCGCCAGACCCUACUGAUGCGGCAGGACGAGGGGGCAGCUGGGGGAACAGUGGGCGGGGCAGGAGAGCAGGGGGGGGAGGAACAAGGCCGCAAUCUUCUGUUUCUGCCACAAGGAGGGUAUUCGUCGCUCAGUGGUCCACAGCUGCCUCUCAUGAUGAUGUCGCAGCUGUUGGGCUCCUCUGCGUCUGCUCAGGCUCUUCAGAUGGUGGGAGGCGGUCCAGCUGUGGUCCGCGCCAGGGAGGGCAGUCCGAACAGCGACACCCCAAACAACGGCAGCAUCAGCGUCAUCGACAUCCACACCAGCAGCAACAAGGCGCCAGACAGACCGAGGGACACACAGGGGAAGCUCACUCGCCACAUCUCCUCCGCCAUGAAGCCUAUACUGCCCAAGCCCCCGGGUAGUGGCAUGACGGGGCUGCCCACUUCCCUGUCCUUCUCAGCAACGGGGCAAGGUCCACAGGGUCCCACGGUCAAUGUACAGCAUUUAAUUGCUGCCCACAGGAAGGAGAACCCCAACACACCGCCAAUUAGGAGAGCGACAAGAGGCGCCUGGCGGAACCGAUACGAUGGAGACAAACGCCCCACACCCCCCCACCACCGGGACCAGGAUCGCCCCCCCAGUGUGUCCAGCUCCAGCAGUGACGCAGAGAGCAGAACCCCGGGGAUGCCAGCCACUUUGCCCCCCUCCAAGAGCCUUUUGACCUUAAAUGACCCUUCUGUUUCAUAUAAGGAUGUUUUGUUGCGGUUUGCCGAGCUGACGCAGAUUGAGAAGCAGCCUGGGUCGCCGCAGAUCUCCAUAUUCCCUGUGGCGAGCAAUGACGGCCCAGGGAAGCGUUCUGACGUGAGCCGUGAGUCCACCCCAGGCAUGAGGUCCCACACCCCCCCCACACACCUCCAACCCUUAGCCUCAGCCCCGGGAGUCCCCACCUCAAAGUCUGGCCUGGAGGCGCCCUCUGCCCUCGCUAAGUUAUUAUUGGAGUCAAGGGGUGGUGUGUCGAGCAGUGGGCUGGUGAAAGGUGGUGGUGGCGGUGUAGGUGACUCCACGCCCAACUCUCACUACUUGACCCUCUCGGCGCUGCUCUCGGGAAGCUCCACCACCACUGUCAAGGAUAAACUCACCCAUGCACAGUCAGAGGGCCGCAGCAAGAAGGCCACCACCACCACCACCACCAGCACCACCAGUAGCAGCCAGCCGGGGGAGGAGGGGAGUGGUAACCCUAAAUGCCAGGGGUGCCACAAGCAGAGGGCCCAGUUUGUGUGUGCUGGGUGUGGGAAUCAGUGGUAUUGCUCCAGAGAAUGCCAGGUGUCAUCGUGGGAGGAACACUCGGAGCAUUGCAGUAACUGAGAGUGCUGCAGCUGUGUUGUGUGCCCCGGCAGCCAGACCAGCGUGUCUCCAACCACCACCACCACCAGAACACACACACACACACACAGACACAGACACACACACACACAGCAAGUAAGUAAGCUAAGAUUUCAAACAAACGCGAAAAAACGCAAAAAAAAACGUAGGAGUCGUGUGUUUUUUUAAUGUACGUGUAGGAAUUUAAUCUGUAUAAGGUUAGGACGUGACUUCCCACCUUCUAGACACUCUGCAUGGACUAAGCUAUCUUUACACUGUCUUCACUACUCUCUAACUGUUUGUAUGGAGGUGAAAGGCAAACAAAACUCAGAUCUUAUUUUUAUAUCAAUUUUGGGGUGAAGGAAUACCACAAAUAUAAACUCCUGUAGCCACAUGAUAUUUAAAAAAGAAAAAAAAUAUGUUACACCCCUUUGUCCUGUCCCCCCGUGUCCCGCUGUGCCCCGCCGUGCCCCGCUGUGCCCGCCCGACCCCCAAGGCACUCCCAGCAGUGGUGUUGAGGGCGGUGGCACCACUGAGGAUAAUAUUACUGUGAUACUGAAGUGCAUUUUUUGUAUAUCGCAAGAAAAGUUUUGCUGUUUUUUAUACAAAUCACCAAGGCUGUGCCCAUACUAUAGUGAUUCCCCCACUCCCCCUUCCCUCCGCUGUUUUGCCCCGCCUUGACCUGCCACGCCUGCACUGUGACCCCUGACCCUUGUGUGACCCUCUUCAACACUGCCCUGUCUCCCUAAACUAGCCUACCCACACCCAAUCUUACCUUACCUUAUCUAAACACCCCCUUAAACCACCAUUAACCCCCGUCCACCACCCCUAGUCGCCCUUAAUACAUAACCCCACCACCACCACCACCACCCUUUUAGAUACUGUAUGGGAUAGUAUGUAGACUGGUACUGUAAACUAGAGGUAAUAAGUAUGUUUAAUGUGUGCUGGGGAAGUAAGUAAGUGCAGCGCUGACGAACAGGUGAGUAUUUGGUAGUCUAAGAGGUGAAUACUUGGUGGUGUGAAAGGAUUAGUGUUUGUUGUGCUGCGAGUUAAUUGGUGUGUUGAUGUUUGAGUGUUGCAGUGAUUGGUUCAGAUGGGUAUUUCUCAAGAGUGUUUUUCUCGGUUUAGUUUAAGAGAGGGGUGUAAAUUUUUCCGUCAUGUUGAGUUAUUGGUGGUCAUAAGAGUGGUGUCCCAGUUUUAGCAGUCUGUAGUGGAAUUUAUAGGUUUUUUUCAAGGGUGUUUUUAUGGUCGUGGUGAGACAGCAGAGCAUUUUUUAGAGUGUUUUUAUGGUUAUAGUGACAGAUUAACAAGAUUUCUGUAUUAUUAACAGGAGAAACACUCUUGAAAACUCAGCUAAUCAUCUCUGUGGCCUUGGAAAACAGCCGUGGUGAGAGAAUAGAGCAUUUUGAAGGAUGUUUUAUGGUUCUAGUGACAGAUUAACAACAUUUCCACAUUAUUAACAGGAGAAACACUCUUGAAAACCCAGCUAGUCAUCUCUGUGGCCUUGGAAAACAGCCGUGGUAAGAGCAGAGCAAUGCAAACCAGCGGCUGGUGUUGGUAUGCUUGUAAAGUUGGAGUGACAGACUGAAUUACCUUUGAGAUAACUUAAGGCUAUUUACAUACAUACAUACGUACGUACUUGUGUUUUUGUCUACGUAAGGAGGAAGAGAAUAACUUGUAAUAACUUUUAAUAUAUUUUUUUGCAUGUGGUUCCCUUUAUGCUGUUUAUGAGUGGCUGGUUUGAAGCAUUAUUUAUUUAUUUAUUUAUCUAUUUAUUUAUUUAUCAUCGUCAUUGUUGAAAAUCCCAAUGUGUGUUUUAUAUAUUUUGAUAUCUGAAAAAAUUACAUUAUUAUUUCGAGGGAGUGUAGACGCAUUAGUGGGUAGGUUAGGUCAGGUUAGGCUAGGCUAGGCUAGGCUAGGUUAGGUUAGGUUAGGUUAGAUUAGAUUAUGUUAGUGCUAGAGAGAAAAUGUGAGAGAAAACGUGAUAGGGACAUGAAACGGAUAGAGCAGAAGGGAGGAAGGAAGAGAGAAAGAGAGAAAAUGUAAUAGAAUGAUAAAAAAAUAGAUAAAAGCAGAAAAGAAAGAAUUAUGAAGGAAGCAGAAAAUUAAACUAAAGGAAGAGAGAGAGAGAGAGAAGGAGGAAAAAGAAAGUACAAUGAUCAUAACAGAGAGAGAGAGAGAGAGAGAGCACAAAACUUCAAUAAUUAUUCUCAUUUAUUCAUCAAUUAAUUUUUGGUAAUGCAUUUGUUGAAGCAAGUUACAAUUGUCUCUUGAUACGCUGGCUUCACCUCGUCUUAACCCAGUAUAGUGUGCAAUCUGAACUGGCUUAACACACCCUUUAGAACACCUCAACAAUUAAAUCCAGAUAUAUUUAUCAACAACACAUUUAAGGAUAUAAUUUCCUGAGAUAAGCCAGUUUCCAUUUCUCUAAGCCAGUAUAAGGCCAUUCUAAACCAGCUUAACCCUUGCAACACCCCAGAACACACAAUUAAAUCCAGAUAUAUUUUUCAACAAUGCAUUUAAGGAUAUAAUUUCAUGACAAGCCAGUUUCCAUUGAUCUAAGCCAGUAUAGGGCCAUUCUAAACCAGCUUAACCCUUGCAACAUCUCAAAACACACAAUUAAAUCCAGAUAUAUUUUUCAACAAUGCAUUUAAGGAUAUAAUUUCAUGAGAUAAGCCAGUUUCCAUUUCUCUAAGCCAGUAUAGGGCCAUUCUAAACCAGCUUAACCCUUGCAACACCUCAGAACACA